GAUAGCCCUCCUCUUGCUCACCGUACCUCGCUCGCAAUCGAUCGAUCUCUCCUGCAUAUAUGCUUGAUCUGAUCUCUCCUUAAUUAUAAGCUACACAAGGCAAUAUUGUACUAAUUAAGUAGCCGAUCGACCAAGGCAGUACGUGUUGGCGUUUGCUGAUAAUCCUUGGAAAUGGCGGCAGCGGAAGCAGCAGCGCCCAUCCACGAUGAGGCUGAGGACGACUUACCGUACGAGACAAUUGUGACGAGGAAGAUAAAGGCCAACCACAGGAAGUCCGUUGUGAAGCUGCUGAUCCCAGUUAUGAACAAGCUGGGAAAGCCCGGGACGGUGGGUGGCACGGGGUACAUCGUGUACAACGCCGGGCGCAAGUUCCUGAUACUGACCUGCUCGCACGGGCUGGACACGUGGAUCUGCCCGGAGCCUAUCAGGGUCUUGUUCGACAACCUGGUGGUGGCGCAGGCGCUGGUGAAGGUGUGUGAGCGGAAGAAGGAGGUGGCCAUCCUGUCCGUGGAUGUGUCCCUGAAGCACCGGGAGCUCACCGACGCGGGCGAGUACCCUCCCGUGGCGUUCGACCACCAGCCAGUCAGGAAAGGGGACCCACUUGUGCUCCUAGGCUACCCUUGGCCUUCCAGCAAGACUGGCUCCACUAACCUGGGAAGUUUCUUCGGCUCUGUCACCAACGAGGCAGCUCUUGUCGGAAAACUGAAAGACACCCCUCCCGAAGAACACAUGAUGACUGUCAACGCUGAUUACUCCGGUGCAGGCGGGUCAUCAGGCGCACCUGUUUUUAGAGGCGAAAAUGGCAAGGUUGUGGGCACUAAUGUUCACGGUGGCAAAGAGGUCUUGUGCUUUGUCACGGUGAGCUGGAUUCAGGAUACACUGAGGAAUUUACAGGAGGUCAAAAAGUCCGGACUUGGACCGAAUGCAACCAUUGAGGAGAUUCUGGAAUCAUGCUUCGCUUUGCUUAAAAGCGACGAAGCUGGCCCAUCAUCAAGGAUCACCAGUCCGUCGUCCUAGUGUAUCUAAUGCAUGCGACUUCAGGCAAAGUGCAACCUUUAAUAUUUAUGCAUGACGAGACGUGCGGUUCUCUAUACCUCUCCGGUGAUAAGCAGUGAAGGGAAUUGGGUUAAAUGGAUUAUGCACUUAUGCCAUAUGUGGCCUGAUGAUAUUUAUAUUUAUAUAUAUGUACCAGGAGAUUUUAUUUAGAAUGUAUCAGAGAUUCAGAGUACGUAGUUCCCGAACAUAUAUAUGAGGGAGCUCAAUUAAUCAGCGCAGCUCAAGCCUGCCUCUAUCUAUUUAAUUAGACGAUUGAGAACUGAGAAUAUAUAUGUUUGUUAUGCCCUCAAUUUAUUUAAGAAUGCAGGA